AUGCAAGUGCAGGUUAAGGAUGAGAAGAGUGUCAGGGUGUUGGACCAGCAUUGCAUACCUAAUUUCAUUGGCAAACAAGUGGGUUUGAGGGCAGGGAUGGAUAGAAGGAUUGUUUGGAGGAUGGCUGCAAAUGAGAUGAGGCUAAAAACAAACCACGAGCCAACCAACCCACAAAUUACCAAGAUGCCCACCAUCCCCAAUUUCGCCUUCCCCCUCCUUCUCCACCCAUCGGACCAGCCUCGCCCGAACCCGUUCCAGAACCCAUUCCCACCUCCAUGGCCACCGCCGCUACCGUCGCCGCCAACGCAUUGCCUCAGCAACAACCCUAAUGGCUCGAGUAAAAACCCUAGCUUCGAUGCCAUGACAUAG